UGUUGCAGUGCAGUGGCGAGAGAGACGUGCCCAGCGUGGUUAAACCAUGCUCACUAAGUGGGAGAACGCCUCUGCCCAGGACACAAGAUGAAGGCGGGGAGGAAGACAGGCCACAGUCUCUCUACUGACGUUCCUGCACUCCUCACCCUGCUCGGCCUCCUCCUUCUACUCUUCACAGGUGAGGUGUCGGGGGUGAAUGUGACGAGCCAAACCCAAGUGGUGAGGGGCAUCGUGGGCAAAGAAGCUCUGCUGUCCGUCAGCUACUCCAGCAGCAGCGCGGACAAGCCGGUAAUCAAGUGGCAGGUGAAGAGGGACAAAGUGAAGCCCGUCACCGUGGUGCAGUCCAUCGGUAUCGACAUCAUCGGGAACCUUAGGCCGGAGUACCGGAACCGCAUCCUGGUGUUCGAGAACGGCUCGCUGCUGCUUCACAACCUGCAGCUGUCGGACGAAGGAUUGUACGAGGUGGAGAUCUCCAUCACGGAUGACACCUUCACGGGGGAGCACUAUAUUGAGCUGACUGUGGAUGUUCCAGUUUCCAAGCCCUACAUCCAGAUGGUGGCGUCAUCUGUCCUCGAGUACAGCGAGCACUUCAACUUGCACUGUUCCCACGACAAUGGCACCAAGCCCGUGUACGCUUGGCUGAAGGCAGGCAAGGUGCAGGCCAACGACUCCCGCCUGCUGCUCUCGCACGACCAAAAGGUGUUGACCAUCGCCCGUGUCCUCAUGUCGGACGACGACAUCUACACCUGCAUGGUGGAGAACGCCGUCAGCAGCAUGAAGAGCACGCCCGUCAAGCUCACUGUCUACAGACGGAGCUCGCUGUACAUCAUCCUGUCCACCGGAGGCAUUUUCCUUCUCAUCACCCUGGUGACCGUGUGUGCAUGCUGGAAGCCAUCCAAAAAGAAACAUAGACCCGUCCCGCAGCGAGCCCCCAUCUACAUGGAACAGGGAGAAAAUGGACAUGAUAUCGACGUCGUCCCCAAACCAACCACCCUCGGUCGAAGGAGUCCCAUGCCUCUGUAUGUACUCAAUGAAGAUGAGACUCUUGAGCGUUUGGAAGAAAGCGCUUGCAAUGCCUACAGCCAAUCAGAAUUGAAUUUCCCCGCAAGCUACGUCCCGGUCCUCCCCACCCAUGGUCACAGAACUGAGCCGCCCAUCUGGACCACCCCGCGCAGGUACUCGCGCAGCCCAUCCCCGCUUGCACAGCUUCUCCCGCAAGUCUCGACGGGACCUCCACUAAGCCCCGCACGCUCGCCAGCCCACUCGCCCUGUUCGUCUCCGCGCAGUUUUAGCCCCAUUCGAAAAGUUCGGCCUCCUGUCGGAAUCCCAAACAUUCGUCUUCCCGUGGAGGCGGAGAGUCCCGCGACCAGCGAGGAGACGCAGCAGGGUUCGCCCCAGCAGUGACGUCACGCCUUGCGUUUACUUGCCAGCAAUUCCUUCUGUGGCCAUCAGCAAUACUACAUCCCGUAAUAUAAAAGUAUUUUCAUAGGUUACAUGUACCGAACUAUGCAGAGCGCCCUUUUUUAAUGUUUUACUCAUUUCACUGGGAAUAUUUGAUGAGUAGCUUGGGUAUCUACACAUUUUUUUUUUAUCAUUUAAAUCUCUGAUUAAAUUAGAAAUCUACAAUAUUUUGUACUUUUUUAUUUUUUUUUUUAUAUAUCCAUAUUUGUUUACAUUAAUACCGUCC